CGCCCGGGGCCUGGGGGGUGGGGGGUGGGGGAGGACGCCGAGCGCCGAGGCAGGGGCCCGGGCCGAGGGCGCGGCGGGGCUGCGGGCACGCUGGGGCGCGUGGAGGGGCGCGGAGGGCGAAAUGAGUCUGGUAGGCGGUUUCCCCCACCACCCGGUGGUGCACCAUGAGGGCUACCCGUUUGCCGCCGCCGCCGCCGCAGCUGCCGCCGCCGCCGCCAGCCGCUGCAGCCAUGAGGAGAACCCCUACUUCCAUGGCUGGCUCAUCGGCCACCCCGAGAUGUCGCCCCCCGACUACAGCAUGGCCCUGUCCUACAGCCCCGAGUAUGCCAGCGGCGCCGCCGGCCUGGACCACUCCCAUUACGGGGGGGUGCCGCCGGGCGCCGGGCCCCCGGGCCUGGGGGGGCCGCGCCCGGUGAAGCGCCGCGGCACCGCCAACCGCAAGGAGCGGCGCAGGACUCAGAGCAUCAACAGCGCCUUCGCCGAACUGCGCGAGUGCAUCCCCAACGUACCCGCCGACACCAAACUCUCCAAAAUCAAGACCCUGCGCCUGGCCACCAGCUACAUCGCCUACCUCAUGGACCUGCUGGCCAAGGACGACCAGAAUGGCGAGGCGGAGGCCUUCAAGGCAGAGAUCAAGAAGACCGACGUGAAAGAGGAGAAGAGGAAGAAGGAGCUGCACCUUAUUACCGCUCUCUCGGUCGCCUUCACGUUGAGAUCCCAGGCCCAGAGAAGCAAAGUGGAACUUUGUCGAAAUAUGGGGGGAAGAACUGGGAACCUCUGGCCCCCUCGGCGCCGCGGUGGAGUCGGAACCCGGCGGGCCUCUGCGUAACGUCAGCGCACGGGGUAAUUUACCUUCCCUGGGCGCCUGUCAAUAUGACUAAUUUCCACAGGGGUCAAAAAGCCUUUCUCCAGCAGUCCAUCUUGGAACGCUCUCUUACGCAGUAGAGGAGGUUGGUUGUUUUGUUUCCAACCCUAGAAAUAAAUACUCUUGGGGCGUCCCCGCCAUGGCAGCCCGAGAGGAGCAGAGGAAUAUACACGGUGUCAAUUAAAGGCAGUUUUCCUUGAACUCUGAACUAUGAUUGGGCGUAAACGAGAGCGACCUGCUUGCCUUUUAAUACACAUUACCUAACUCGUCCUUGAUACCAAUGGUUCCUUUAGAAACAGAAAAUCAAAAAAGGAGGAAAAUAAUCAUCGCUCCAGUUCUUCUCUGCCGCCUGCAGAUGCCUAUUGAAAUAUUUUAUCUGCAUUUCAGGGUGUAACUUAAAUGUAGAGUAUGUGCGCGUGUCUUGCUAAUCUGGCCUGGACAAAAAGUAAAUAUAUUAUCCGGGUAGUGUUUUACAAUAAGUUUUAAACUGCUACCAAGCUGUAAGUGUGAAUCAGUGCUGUGGAGCCAAUUAAACAUUCUCUGUGACUCGCCAGAAGCGGCUAAUUGAUACUGGUAGCAAAACCUGGACUCACUUUAAGACGUGCUCGGAAGGAAGCCUACGUGGUUAGCGGGUCAGGACGAUUCUGUCUGCAAAGUCCUCUCUUGCAUGGAGCAGGGAGUGGGAAGAUGAAGAGCAUUUUUGGCUCCCGUGGGGCACCCAGAUGGGCCCCUUGGGUCUUCGAGGAGGUAAACGUCUUCAAUCUGGGGAACUGGUGUCCAGUGAGAAAUGAAAGUCGCUAAAUAACCCAUUUUUCUCCGACCCAAGUUCAGGCACUGAGGCCCCAGCUAAUAUACUUCUCUGAGUUAAAUGUUUAACAAACUCUCUGAAAAAAAUACGUCCCCACCCCACUUCUUGUGACCUUUAGGCAAGUAAAUGCCUGGAUUUGGAGCAAUUAGGAGCCUCAGUGGAACUCACGGGAAACCUAAGAACUAAGAUAACCAAGGAGAAGCCUAGGAAGCCUCACAGAGGGCUGCCUGAAGUCGUGGUCCCUGGCUGCUGCCCGCACAGGUGGGUGACACACAGCCCCACCACCUCCCCCCACAGCCUGACCUCCAUACCUGCUCUGCCAUUCUGGCCACAUGCAAACACACACACACACACACACACACACCUCUUUCCUUCUCUCAUCUGUUGGUGCAUUUAUGACCUAAUGAAAGUAUAUCCUUUAGGGAAAAGACUGUCUAUAAAACUUGAAAUAUGAAGAACCCAUUUGGAUAUUCCCACUCCAGGCCAGGCCUGAACUUGAAGUUUUUUUUAGCACAAACACCUUGACUCCUUCUGUUGCUUCUAUAAUCACCCUGUUAUUUUUACUAAACGAUGAGAAUUGGUUCUAAAUGACCUCUGCUCAUUUCCUGUGGAAGGAGAAAAGUCUCCAACCUGAGAACAUAUCUUUAUUUGCUGGAAGGUAUUCUUUGGCGGGAAAGGAGGGGAAUAAUUUUACUUUCUAUCCCUUGUCAUCUUGGAAAAAUCCUGACACUGUACGUUCCAACUUCUGCAAACAACUGGGGAAACCAAGGAUGCUUUCAACUCCCUUCCAUUUCCUUCCUGCCCCACCAUUUCCCCCAGUUGCCACCUUUUUGGGUAUUACAAACAUUGACCCAUUCUUUCUCAUGGUCACUAUGUGAAAUGCCUAUCAGUUUCCAACAUAAAUGAGUGCCCUUUGGAAAUCCUACUGUUAACCACCUGCCUUUGUGGGAAAAGGCCAUCUGAUUUUGUGUUUUGGGGAGGGUCUGUUUAUUGCCACAAAUGGAUAGAAUAGAUAUUAUUGCCUUGUGAUUUUAUAUAUAGCAUAUCUUUAAACAAGACAGUUAAGUCUCUUAUUUUGCAAUUUGACCUUCGCUGUAAGAGUGGCUUAAGUUGUUUAUUAGCUGGGACUAUAAAACAGGAAAAGCUGCAGGAGAAAUAAACAAAAGAAUGAGCUGAAGAGCUCUAUCCUUUGGUAGAGUUGAUUUGUUUAUUUGCAUAUUUCUUGAAAAGGAAAACAGUUCUAGCUUAAAAUCUUUUUGUCAUCCAGCAGCCAUUUAAUGACCUAUGGGUAGAAGGGGUAGAUUGUUCAAUACCCUGUUUAGUUGAUCCCUUUGUUUCUGAGUUUACAUCACGAAAGGAGUUUACAUUACUCCCCCCUUUUUUGUUUAAAGUUUCAUGAGUAGCAAGAACUUUUACACCUACGUAAAGCCUUGGGAAGGGAGCAAAGUGCUCAGUCUGCUAAGGUGUAAGAGGGUGUACAUGAAGGGGAGUGCUCUGAGAGGCAGCCAUUUCUAGGGAAAGGUCUUGUCCUCUUAGUAACAACAAAAAAGUCCAUUUUCAAACAUCUAUUAGACAAUGUCAAUUUUUCGUUUCAAUUGUGUUCUAGCUUAGCCUUUCCACUUGGGAAAGUGGAAAGGACUCAGCCAGUCCUCCAAGUCUCUGAUCCUAGAACUUAACUGGAGGAGCAAAUGGCUUUAAACUGACAAGUCUCCCUAUUGGGGAAGUUGAGGGAGGAGAGGAAUAAUGUGCAUUUUGCCUCACCUAAGAUUUUGUACUUCUGUGAACAAAUAUUAUUUUCUAGUUCGGUUUUCAACUUAUGACCCAUUGAGCAAAACAAAGUUAUUGCAUGUUUUUCAAUCCCAUAUCAUCAGUAGGUAACAUCCUCCUCCUCAGUAUGUGGUAUUUUGUGUGAAUAUAUUUAGCAUCAACUCUCUCAUAUAUAUAUUCUAAUCAGAUUAAUUUUUCAUGAACAAGCAGUAAUUCUCAUGGUUUAAAAAUACCCAAAAUGUACAUAUGAAAAGUCUCUCCAGUUUCCUCACCCACUGUGAUUCAUUUCUUAUGCAUCCUCUCAGAGCUUCCUAAUGAGUGGAAAAGCAAAUAGAAAUAUCAUCCCUAUGGUUCAUAGAAUGAUGCAGGUUGCUCCAGUUGUAUCUGUUCUGCUGGUAGGGAGAGAGAAGAAGGAGGGCAUCUUGGAAGCUUUGAAGAGCCUCACACCAAAUAGAAUUUGGGCAAGGUGUGAGAUUCCACCUGAAUGUAAUUUCAAAUAUCUGGGAAAAAGAAGAUGGGGCACAUGUGGAAUAAUCAAUCCCUAGGUCUCCAAAUUGGAUUGUCUUUUCUCUGUGGAUGAGGACAAAAAAUUAGAAAAAAGAGAAAUAAAAGAAGUAAAAACAGUGA